GGCUCCUCUCGGCGUCGGCGGCGGCGGCGCUGCGCUCUUAGGUCCGGGCUGUGAUACCAUCGGCAGCAGCUGCAGCAGCACUGGGGAGCCCCCGGCCUCGGUCCUGAUCCCGGACAAAAAAUGGUGCAGAAGAAAGAAGCUGAACUUGAGGGUUUCCAUCGUUCGUUCAAGGGACAGAAUCCUUUCGAGCUGGCCUUCGCCGUCAACCAGUCCAACCACCUGGAAUCUGUCUUCAAUUUUGAGUGCCCGACCCGCCCUGACAUGCCCUCAAGCCAGCCCAUCGACAUCCCUGAUGCUAAGAAGAGGAGCAAGAAGAAGAAACGCUGCCGGGCCACAGAUAGCUUCUCUGGAAGGUUUGAAGAUGUUUACCAGUUGCAGGAUGAAAUCCUGGGGGAAGGAGCCCAUGCCCGAGUCCAGACGUGUAUCAACCUCAUUACGAACAAAGAGUAUGCUGUGAAGAUCAUCGAGAAGCGCCUGGGCCACAUACGGAGUCGCGUGUUUCGGGAGGUAGAGAUGCUGUACCAGUGCCAGGGACAUCGAAAUGUCCUUGAACUGAUAGAAUUCUUUGAAGAAGAAGAGAGAUUCUACCUGGUGUUUGAGAAGAUGCGGGGUGGCUCCAUCCUCUCUCAUAUCCAUCAGCGACGUCAUUUCAACGAGCUUGAGGCCAGCAUGGUGGUCCAGGACAUUGCCAGCGCCCUUGACUUCUUGCACAAUAAAGGGAUUGCACACAGGGAUCUUAAACCUGAAAACAUCCUCUGUGAAAAUCCUGACCAGGUUUCUCCAGUCAAGAUCUGCGACUUUGACCUUGGCAGUGGCAUUAAGCUCAAUGGUGACUGCUCUCCCAUUUCCACCCCAGAGCUGCUCACGCCGUGUGGCUCUGCAGAAUACAUGGCCCCUGAGGUGGUGGAAGCUUUCAACGAGGAGGCCACCAUCUACGACAAACGGUGUGACCUGUGGAGCCUCGGGGUCAUCCUCUACAUCCUGCUCAGCGGCUACCCCCCCUUCGUGGGCCACUGUGGCAGUGACUGCGGCUGGGACCGGGGCGAAGCUUGUCACACCUGCCAGAACAUGCUCUUUGAGAGCAUCCAGGCAGGCAAGUAUGAGUUCCCCGACAAGGACUGGGCCCACAUCUCCUUUGGAGCCAAAGACCUCAUCUCCAAGCUGCUUGUCCGGGAUGCCAAGAAGCGGCUGAGUGCUGCCCAAGUCCUGCAGCACCCCUGGGUGCAGGGGUGUGCUCCGGAUAACACCUUUCCCACUCCAAUAAUCCUGCAGAGAAACAGCAGUGCCAAAGAACUCACCUCUUUUGCGGCAGAGGCAAUCGCCGUGAACCGCCAGCUGGCCCAGCGUGAAGAAGAUGAAGAGGAGGAGGAAGAAAACCGACCAAUUGUCAUCAAAGCUACCUCAUGUUCCAUGCAGCUGUCGCCACCGUCCAAGUCAAAGCUGGCCCAACGGCGGCAGAAGGCCAGCCUGUCCAAGGCCCCACCAGCCCCCCAGCACCUGGUCAGCCCUUUGGUCCUGGUCAGCGACCACAUGUAGGCUCCAACCAGGUGGCCCUCCAGCCCUUCCUGCUCAUUCAUCCCUUGAGGUUCGGUGGGGUCGGGUUUGGUUUUUUAAGCUGUUGCCAGCCGGCGAUCACUCCCUUCUCUGGCUGGUUUCCAGGGAGUUCAGCUGACCUUGGGAGUAGUUUUUUUUUUAUAAACAUUUUUUAAAUGGUCUAAUGGUAUUUACCAACAAAGCAAGAAUGCGGCACACACCCCAGGCACGCUUAAAGGGCGUGUAGCACACUGACAUUUGUGGGUCCUUUUUUGUUGUUGAGGGUUCCCUCCCUUCCUACGCCAAAGGAUGCGCUGUAAGCUCAGCUCACCCCAUACUGUGAAAGACGGUCAGUCAGUUGUGUGAAAAGGCGCGUGGUUCUCCGUCCCCUGCCCGUCCCCCACCCCUCGCCUUUCCCUUGCUCCUCUCCCAGAUCGAGUGUAGAGAAUCAGCCCAGAAGGAAGGCCUAUUUUCCUAACUCAAGAAGCUUUUCAGUCUUCCAGAGCAGGUGAUGGGCGCCUGGGUAGGAAAGCGCACCUGUGUAGUGGGGGGAGAAGGGAGGAAUGUUUUCCCCUCCCCGCUCCCCUUGCCACUGCAUAUAUGCAUAUUUUCUAUAUAUGUAUAUACAUAUGCAUAUUCUACAUAUGUAUAUAUAUAAUAUAUAAAAUUCAUUUUGCAUUCAUCCAGCCCUGUGGGAAAUUCUCAGUAUUCUGAGGAAGUUUCCCCACCUGGCCUGUGUACAGUGUUGAGAAAGGAGUGUGGUCCAUGCCUAACCUCCAGGUGAAAUGUUAACCCACUCCAGAUAGAAUAGCCUUCCUGUCCUCUCCCGUUCUUCCCUCCCCUACCCCCAAGCUCUCCUUUUGGGGUCUUGCUUGGAGCUCACCUGGACAUGUUGGCCUUAGAGCAGUAGGAUCCAGGAGGGUGAAGUCCUGAAGGGGAGGUAGAGCCCACACCCAAACUGGGCCACUCCUAUGGGGCUCUCCUCUCCCUGUCCCUCUAGGUCUCUCCUUCCUUCCUCCCCCAUCCCAUCCUAUCACUGACUGGCCAGAAUGUAGUCUGAGAGCAGGGUAGUGACUGGCUUUCUCCCUUUCUCAUCCCCAACAGGCAAAAUUCCUCUUCCCAUGCCCCCAUCUCCUGGACAGACAAUCUGGGUCUUCUGCAAAUUCCCUUUUUUUUCCUGGAGCCCCAUUACGUAUUGGCCUCCCUGGGGGAAGCAAGUGUACCUGACUGCUGAUGAUAGACAAGACACUGCUGGGAGGUGUUGGGAUCCUGGGCUCUGGUCUGGCCAUUAAUAUACGGGUGACUCCCACGUUCCAGGAAGGGAGGAAGGAGGAGAGCUGGCUUCCCCAUGUUCCCUGGGGUUGUUGUUGGCAACUCCUGUGGUGGGUGUGUGUGUGCUGCUAUGGUACCUGGGUAGGGCAGCCCCACCCCUACCCCCCAUGCCCUGGUCAAACUUGUGCCAACCUGUGGUAGGACAGCAGACAGUAGGGAUGGGGCUAGAACAAGGGGGGAAGCUUUAUUCACCUUCAUCGGCUGGAACAGGCUGCUCAGGUGCCUCGAACAUGGGCACCUGGGCCCCAGGGCCUAAUGUGCUCAUUUUCAGGCCUCAGGAUGAGUGGGGCCUUGACAUGCCCACCGCCUUCCCCUAAGUUUGGAGUUAAGCCCAGAACAGGCAAUUUCAGUCAGUGGGGAUAGACUGGGAAGAUGUCCCUCAUCUUCUCCUACCCCACACUGAAGCCUGAAGUUUAAACAAACUCCAGCCCCCAAGGGGAGUACUUAAUUUGCCAACCUUCAGGAAAAAACAGCUUCUAGUUUCCUAAUUGGCCUUUGGGUGUCUUGGAUCCUGGGGCUCAGCAGAUCCAGGGCUCUAGGCAGAUAUCUGCUGAAACCUUCCAACCAGGAAUUCCUCUAGAGAGACUUGGUGUCUCCUCCAGGUCCAUCUCCUCUCCAGCGCCAUCCUGGAUUGAGAGAAACCCUCCCAGAAGCCAGGAGAGGGCACCUCUAUGGAUGGGCGUUUUCCUCCCACCCCACCUUUGGAUUCUGGGCAGCGAUAAACUAUGCAAUACCAGUUCAUUCUUACGUAUGCAUACAUAUAUAUACAUAUAUAUAUAUAUGUGUGUGUGUGUGUGUGUGUAUAUAUAUAUAUAUACUUUUUCCCAGUCAGGGAGGUGAAGAUGGUGGGACGUGUUUAGAGAGAAGUCCUCAGGUUUUCUUUAUAGUCAGUUCCCCUAAGCCUCAAAUAGCAUUUUUCUUGUUCCCUCAGUCCCCAUUUCUUUGCUACCGAAGCCCCCCUUCUAGCCCUCGGCCAGAACUCCCUUGAAUAGUCUGGGUCACUCUGUGUGAGUUUUGUCCCAUGCCCACCGAGGAGGUUGGGAAGCCACUCAGACAGCCAUAGGUGGAGGAAGGGAUUCUGGAGAAACAAUACUCUUGCUUCUUCAGAGUCCGAGGUCUUUCGAUUGUACAUUGUGUUUUUAUAGGGAUUUUUGGAGCAAUUUGUUUUUAUUCUCACCUGUAGAUUUCAUCCUGCCCCCCCACCCCCACCCAACGGGUAUUUGUCUUAUAUUAAGAAUACUUGAAUGGUGUAAGUAGGGGUCAGGCUAUCCCCACACUACACCUGGAAUCUUGGUCACACCUGGAGGAGGAGACAGAGGUUUAAAAAAAAAAAGCAACUCCCUCCUCCUAAUGUUCCCCGUCCCCCAUAUGCCUUGACCUCCAAUCCUCCCCAAAUCUUCUUUGGACAUACCUGGCAGGCCAGGGCAGGGCCUGGAGGAUUGAAGUUUCCUCCCCUACUGACCUACUGAGUGUUGUGGGGUGGGGCAUGACAAAGGAGGAAGAUGAGAGACUGCCUUCCUGUCUCCUGCCCCUUACUCCGGCCCCAUUCAUGGGUCAGACUUCUGACUCACUUCCAAAGACACUGUCUGCAGUCUCUGAAGUUUCUUGAGUAGGAUGGGGGUGUAAAUGGAAAAUCAAUGGUUCUUUCCAGCUGGGAGUUUUCUGGGAUUUUUUUUUUCUUUUAACUCCCCCCCCCCCCAAAAAAAAAGCCUUGGAGACUCCAAAUGCUAUUUCUCCCGACUAAUCAGAACUUAGCUGAUACUGAUGACUGACUUUUGUUUUGUUUUUUAAAUUUAGGUUCACUUUCCCCUUCCUGCCCAACUCUCUCCCCCCUCCCCCCUUCAGCCAAUUAAUUCAACUUGGAACUGGUUAGAAAUGUUACUGUGAACCUGACUUUUUCAAGGCUCAUAAAGAUGCACCCCCUGUCCCCACCCCAGCAUGGGGUAGGCCAUUCUUGAAAGUGGCCCAAACGAUGUCACACACUGCACUGCUGGUAUCCGAGACUGGCCCCCCACGAGAAAGGGGUAUGUCAGCUCAGAAAAUGCUAAAAAAAAAAAAAAAGAACAAAACAUCCACCAACCCAGUAGAAAGAAAAGGAGGGAAAAAAAAAAGCACUUUAACUAUGGGGUACCAGGUAAACUGAUACAGCUCAUGAGUUUUCCUUUGUAACAACUAUCAAAUGCCAGAAUUUUGUAUUCUGUUUUGUAAGAAUUUAAUAAAAGCAUUGCAACCUA